UUCAUGCUGUCAUCAUCAAGCGAAGUGUUUGCGUUCACUGCUGCCACGAAACACAUUUCGAUGCAUUUUGAUGCAUGUUGACAUAUUUAAUAGAAAAUAAAUAUUGUCGAAAUAUAUUUUUUUUUCUUAAAUAACUAAGACAAUGGCUUUGCAAACAAUUGAUGAUACAUCAGCAAUAUUUUUAACAAUAUCUGAGCAAUUAUUGAAUGUAACUAGUUGUAGAACAGUUGACAAAAAUUUAAUUAACAAAUAUUUGAAUGAUUUAAAUAAUUUAAAUUAUAAAAUUUUCUCUACUUUAGAAAAUGAUGUGUCUACAUUAUUAAUCAACAGACUGUGCUCAAACAUUAAUUCAACCGAAACAACUUUAGUGAAAAAUUAUUGUAAAUUAAUUGUUAACUUGUUUCAAAUUCGAAUAAAUAUUUCGGAUAGAACAUUUUUAACUUGUAAAGAAUGGGUUUUAAAAUCAUUAAAAGCAAAUCAAGAGCUUCAGAAUAUAAAUGAGAUUUUCUUAGCUUUGAAGCAAAUCAUCGAAAUUGGUCCAUUUCAUCUUAUCAAUCAGGAUAUUUACAACUUAUUGAAAGAUGAUGGAUUUUUUAAACUACUUUUCACUCAAUCUUCUUACAAUCUCACUGAAUCAGGUUUUCUCGCAAUCAGUUGCAUCGAAGCAUUCUUAAAAAAUAGUGAAAGUAAUGAAAAAAUUCUGUUACCAGAAUAUAAAACUAUUAUUGCUAAUAUAAUAAUAAAUAUCCUUCAAUGUGUGUAUAAAAAUGAACAAAAUUAUUCAUAUUACUACCAGGCAGUAAGUACCUGUUUAAAAAUAUUAUCCAAUUUGAUAGAUAGUAAACUACUUAUUGAAAAUAAAAACAUGGCUGGAGAUAUACUGGGUAUUAUUCAAGUAUUUAUUUGUCAUGGAAUAAAAGGUUACUUAAUUGUACAACCAAAACAAUUAAGACCUGCAGCAAUGGUCAUUCCUGAAAGGAUCCAAACAGUUCCUCGUCAUGCUGUCCAUAACUUAAAUAAAUCAAAAUUAAAAAAGCAACAAUUAAAAAAGAAAAAGUCUGAAGUAGUCAACAAUUCUUCAGAUUUGAAAAAAUCUAAUAAAUAUUCUAGUGAUUCGGAUACUUCAGAUACAGAAUAUACUUCUUCUAGCCGUACUGAAUCAAUGAUUCGAUUAGCAGCUAUCAAUUUAUUAUUAAAAAUAAUCCAAGAACUACCACCACGCGAAAUGUUCGGUUAUUGGCCUCAAAUAAUUGUUAGCACGACUGGAACGAAUGCUAGAGUACUUUUGUCAUUAACAUUAAAAGAACCAAUCGCAAAACUACGACAGAUAUGUCUGAGUACACUGGCUGAAGCUAUUCUUGAAGCUCGUACUUUUUUGACAUAUGCAGAGGAUACAGAACAUUCCGCCUUCCUUACAUUUUUUGGAGCUGUUGGUGCUAUGAUCAAACAAUUACACAUGGCUUUAUCACAUUUGCUAAAUACAGAAAAAAAUUUUGCUGUAAUUACUCAUGCUUUGAAAUGUAUCAAUGCUUUAGUUCAAGUAACUCCUUACGCUAGGCUGGCUUCUGGCCUGGCUACUAAAGUUUCGAUAAGUUGCAGAGCAUUCAUAAUGCACAAAGAUCCUACAGCGAAAGUAGCUGCAUUGUCAGUUUUCGAAGCUUUUGCAUCUAAAGAUAAAUUAACAUCUGAAAUCAUAUCUAUCCUUAGCGAAAAAUCAGAUAAAUUAAGUAAAAUUAAUAUGUGUGAUAAUACUUUAUCACAAUUAGAAUUAACAAUAAUGAAUAAUGAAGAGCAAUAUGUUGACGAAUUUGAUUAUAGUGAUACUAUAAUCUCUCAAGAAGAAGAAGCAAAUAAAGUUCAAGUCGAUAAUAAAAUUGAAGACAAUUAUUCAUCAGAAAACAAAAAUUUAGAUAUUUGUUUCAUACUUCAUGUGUGUUUAGAAAAUAUUUUAGAUAAGGCAAUGCAAGUUCCUGUUAGACUUCAAUCUUUGAAAUUACUAAGCGCACUUGUUAACAAAGACAUUGAUCAUUUAGUUUUCAAUCAUAUAGAUCUUGUUUCAAGACAUCUUGUUGAAACUUUACAAGAAACUGAAACUCAAGUUGCCUUGCAUUCUUGUCGAGUUUUGGAGAAAAUAAGUUCUAGUCUCAAAGAAAAUUGUGCAAUUAAAAAAGAUGUUUUAUUAAAUUUCUGGAGCAUUAUUUUUCAACAAAUAAUCCUUCUUGUUCAAAGUAUACAUUUUAAUUUACGUGAAGUCGCAUGCAACUGUCUUGGAACUAUCAAUAACCAAAUUUAUAAUCAAUUGCCAUAUGAUCAAAACAUUUUAAUCAUUACAACGCUAUUUGGUGCAGUUCGUGAUGAAGAUAGUGCAGUAAGAGCAGCAGCUUUGAGAUCUCUUGGUCUGUUAAUUUUACUUCCAUCUCUUGAAGAUGAUACAGGUUUUGUGUUGGAUUUAGCAAAUCUAUCGUGUACUGCAUUGGAAGAUGAAAAUUUUGGAGUCAGAGUAAAAGCAGCGUGGGCUCUAGCUAAUGUUUCUGAUUGUUUGAUAAAGCAAUCAAAAAGUAAUGAUAUAGAAUCAUUGUCUUUGGACCGAUUACUUCCUGAUUUAUAUAAAGUGAGCUUGAAAGCAGCUCAAGAUAAUAAUAAAGUUAAAUGUAAUGCCUUGCGAGCCAUUGGUAAUAUUUUGUGUUUAUGUCAAGAUUUAGAAAUUUCAUGCGAUAUUUCAUCAGGGAUUGAUAUCUUGAUAAAAUGUGCCAUCACAGGAAAUGAUAUGAAGGUUCGAUGGAACGCUUGUCGUGCUAUUGGAUUUGUGAUAAGUAAACAACAAAUAUCAGCAGUUGCUCCUCAUUGGCAAGAUAGGGUAUUUCCAGCAUUAUGUGAUCUGGUUUGUCACAGCCCCAAUUUUAAAGUUCGUACAAAUGCUGCCUGGGCUUUGAAAAUGUGCGAAUCGUAUGACAAAUAUAUUCCAUUUUUAUGGAAGAAUAUUAUUUUAGCUCUCGAUAACUCUCAACAUGUGCCUAAUUUCGUUGAAUACCAUCAUCAUGAUGCUCUAGUUCAACAACUUUGUUUAACUCUCGGCCAAAUAGCAUCACAUACCGAGUUAUCUGAUUUACAAGGAUUAUGGCCUGAUAUAAAAGAUAGAAUACAAGAUAUAAUGGUGCAUAUGAAAUAUUUUCGAGAACGAGUAUUACCUGAGAAAACAGAUGACUUUGUAAAUGCAAAAAUGAAGUUGGACAACUUUGCACGAACUGGUUUAACAUUAAAUGAACGUAAUAUUGCUAAAAUAUUAGCAAAUUUAUUUGACUUUACAAAUAUUAAUAAUGAAUGUAAAUUUUAAUUAUGUAAGAUAGU